AAAUGACGGCGAUGUGUUGCAAUGAGAAAGCCUCUUUGUGUGUUGUCGACGUAUAUAAGACAUUUCUGCCGCAGUUUCUUUCUUUGGAAUAAUGUCGGCUGAAUAUGAUAAUAGAGACAAUGGCCCAGAGGGCAUGGAGCCAGAUGGGAUCAUCGAGAGCAACUGGAAUCAGAUUGUGGACAGUUUUGAUGAGAUGAGCCUGCGCGAGACUCUGCUCAGGGGAAUUUAUGCCUAUGGUUUUGAGAAGCCUUCCGCUAUCCAGCAGAGAGCCAUUGUCCCUUGUAUCAAGGGUUACGAUGUGAUUGCUCAGGCCCAGUCUGGCACUGGGAAGACUGCCACCUUUGCCAUUUCCAUCCUCCAGCAGAUUGAUGUGGAGCUGAAAGACACUCAGGCCCUGGUUUUGGCUCCCACCAGAGAACUGGCUCAGCAGAUCCAGAAGGUGGUCCUGGCUUUGGGUGACUACAUGGGAGCCAGUUGCUAUGCCUGUAUUGGUGGGACCAGCAUUCGCACCGAAGUCCAAAAGCUGUUGGCUGAAGCCCCUCACAUUGUGGUGGGAACCCCUGGCCGUGUCUUUGACAUGUUAACUCGCCGAAACCUCUCUUCUAAGAACAUCAAAAUGUUUGUGCUCGACGAGGCUGAUGAGAUGCUUAGUCGAGGGUUCAAGGACCAGAUCUAUGACAUCUUCCUGAAACUGUCAAGCAGCACACAGGUUGUCCUACUGUCGGCCACUAUGCCGGCUGAUGUUUUGGAGGUCACAAAGAAGUUUAUGCGUGAACCUGUCCGAAUCCUGGUGAAGAAGGAGGAGCUGACUCUUGAGGGCAUCCGCCAGUUCUACAUCAAUGUGGAGAAAGAGGAGUGGAAGCUGGACACGCUGUGUGACCUCUAUGAAACCCUGACCAUCACACAAGCGGUCAUCUUCAUCAACACAAGGAGGAAAGUAGAUUGGCUCACUGAGAAGAUGCAUGCCAGAGACUUCACAGUCUCUGCUCUGCACGGUGACAUGGACCAGAAAGAGAGAGACUUGAUCAUGAGGGAGUUCCGCUCUGGCUCCAGUCGAGUCCUCAUUACCACUGACCUGCUGGCCAGAGGUAUUGAUGUCCAGCAGGUGUCCCUAGUUAUCAACUACGACCUGCCGACCAAUAGGGAAAACUACAUCCACAGGAUUGGUCGGGGUGGUCGUUUCGGCAGAAAGGGAGUAGCCAUCAACAUGGUGACUGAGGAUGACAAGCGAACCCUGAGGGAUAUUGAGACAUUCUACAACACCACCGUUGAGGAGAUGCCCAUGAAUGUGGCUGAUCUUAUCUAGAAGAAUCCACACGCCCUUCGUCCACCCCACCCCGCUUAUUUUAGAAGUCAAACCUUGUUUCUUAUACGAUCUGAAUUCUAAGAACUUUCUUUUGCUAAAUUCCACCAUGACUUUACCCUCAACAGGAAGGAAGAAUGCAGCCAUUAUUCCUUCUCAACCUUUGAAAUAGUCUUGGGCCAUCGUGAAAGGAUGAGUUACUGACCUGCUUCGUCUGCUCGCCAUAUUCCAUUAGCCCACAUUGGCACCCGAAUUCUUCCUACAGCUGAGCUCUCUACUCUCAAACUUAAAGCAUUAAUUUGAACGUUUCCACAUUGAUGUCUAAAACAGGACUUUUAACAUAAAAUGAGUGAGGUUGUAACUGGGUCUGACAAGUGCAAAACAUAACCCUGUUUCCAAAAGCACAUUUCAAAACGUAAAUGGUCGGGGGGGCCACAAAAUUACAAAGCUCACUUUUUUUUUUUUAUUUUAAAGGUUAAUGGCUCUGUUAGCAAAGGCUUAACAUUAAAUUAAUAUCUUUGCUCAGCUGGUAACAUACACAGUGCUAACACGAAGAUGAUUGAAGCUUUUGAGAAAUGUGGCUGUGAUUUGUACCUGUAGUGUCUCCAGGUGCUGCACUGCUUGUGAUGGAUGAAUGGUUUAGACUGCAGUUAAGUUUGGAGUCAACACACUGAUCUAAAUUGAAUGGGGGAGAAAAUGCUGCAUUUGACCGAUCAGUAUUUAAACAACCUUCAGUGUACUUAAACAGCCUUAACACACAUCCAUGAUCAUGUUAAGAACAGAGGUUUGGGGGCUAGAGUACACAGGGCAUAUUCAAUAAAAAGACCUGUAUAGUAAAAUCCAUCAUGAAUGAGUUGUUUACCAUUUUGAUCCUUUUACUGCUGUUUCAUAUAUAUAUUUUUUUUAUUGCUAUUGUACAUACUGCUUGACUUGUACAGUCAUUUGUGCAGUAGCAUUCAGUUGAAGACUGACUGACUGGGCGCCACAGAUGUUUGGAGGCAAAAACAACGGUGAGUUUUGUGGAGACUUUGCCUCCUAACCCUGACGACCUGGUUGGAUUUUCAUCUCUCUUUGACGUUAUUGUUCAUUUAGAUUUUAUUUUUAAACAAAAUAUUGGAUUUUUGAUAAGUGGUGGUGACUUUUUGUAACCUACCUCGCCAAAAUGUGUGGGGGAGGGGGGGGGCGUUUCACAUGAAAGGACCAAACUACAGAUGAUUAAGUAUAUAGAGAUCCCCACCCCUGAAAUCUCUACUCUUUCUAAGCGCUCUCAUAUUAAAAUGCCUGUCAUCAUGGGGUUUGGUGUCUGGUUUAGGAGAACUGUCAUGUUUUGGGGUGUAUAGUCAGUGCUAUUUUUUAAAAUGACUUUACGGAAUUGUUAACCAUUUUUGAGACAGAAACAGUGUAUCAAGUUUUCUACAUUGGAUUCUGUAUAGUAUUUAUUUUAAUGGUCUUUAAAAAAAAUAAAGGUUUCUCCUUUUUAACAGUGUAAA